AUGCACACUUUUCGAUCCCCACAAAAAAUCCUCUUCAGACAUCUAACUAGUGAUGGCAAAAAUGAAGAACGAAAAGUCUUUUAUACAUUACAUGGAGAGGAGGAAUUGCCAAUGUAUUUGUGUCCCAAACGUGUAUACAUUGAUAUAACAACAACAGUCCCUUUCCCUUCUGGGGACACUAUUGCUUCAUGUAAUGGAACUUUCUGUUUGCUGACUGAAAAAGGUUUUACUCUAUGGAACCCUUCAAUCAGGCGCAAACUAAACGUGCCUGAAUUUCCUCGGAGAUCUGAAUCCUUUUCGUUGCAAGGUAUUGGGUUUGGAUUCGAUCCAAUCAGUGAUGAUUACAAAAUUGUCCGGAUAUCAAAUGUCAAAAACCAUUCAUUUGUUUAUGUUGUGAAGAGUGGCACUUGGUGUGAGAUUGCUUCCCCUAAUCAUGCAAAUCAGAUUCUUAGUGUCCGUUAUGAUGCCUUGUUUUUCAAUGGAGUGUUGCAUUGGGUGAUAUAUGUUUGUCAUACAGAACCAAAAGACAUAUACAUUCGUCGUAUACUAACAUUUGAUUUGAGCACUCAUGUUUUUGGUAUGAUUCCAUUGCCUACAUCCAAUCGGCAUUGGAUUACAACAGGACUAACAACCAUCCAAGGUUCUUUAGCUUUGAUUUCUUAUAAUGAUGAAUUUAAAGAAAGUUGGAUUCGGGUAUGGAGAGAUGAUUCUUGGUCUGUGGUUUUUAAAAUCAAUACAGAUGAACUUUAUGUUGUAGGAGCUUUGGAAUUGCAUCCACAAGCGACCAACAAUGGUGAUUUGUUGCUAAAUACUUAUUCUCAUAGGCUCCAUGUUUAUAAUCUCAAGACGGGGGUGUCAUCAAGAGUAGGCGAGUUCAAUGCUGCUUUAAGUUUAUGUUACUUUUAUCAGUGUGUCGAAACCCUUCAUUUGUUAGACAUGGGGGAGAGUAUUGGUGAAACGGAAGAACUAUGA